CUUUAAUGUGGCUAAAUUUGUAGAAUCACAUUGCUAAGAAAUUCAGGAAAUUUUUUUGACUCGACAGUGUUUAUGUCGUAAUUGUUGAUUUGGUUGUGUUUUACUUAAGACAGUGGCGUAGAAUGUGAAUGAAUAAUUGAGUGAGUAAUCUCUGUGUUCUAUAGGCGCUGGACGACUGUCUACGGACGUAGUAAAGAAUCUGGCCUGUUUCUGUAAAAGCAGUGUGUGAUGCUCCGCUGGAUUCUUGGCACUCGUGGCUCACACGGCUCAGCUGAGAACCGCUAUGCUGCCCUUUGCAUCGGAGAGGAACAACCCAAAAACUGUUACACUGAGCUCCAGGUGCUCAGAGGCCAUUUUGACAUUGUUAGAUUUCUGGUGCAGAUUGAUGACUUCAGAUUUGCGUCAGCGGGUGAUGAUGGGAUGGUGCUUGUAUGGAAUGUUGAGACUGGAGAGCGGCUGCUAGAAUUACGAGCUCAUACUCAACAGAUCACGGCUCUGACGGUGUACACAUGCACCAGAGCAGAAAAAACCCUCACAGCCCUCAUAACGGCUUCAUCAGACCGCAUGAUGUGUCUGUGGGAUGUAGAUACAGGACACCGACUACGCACCGUGUCCAGUCUACCGUCUUCUGUUAAGAGUGUGCUGGUGUUGGAUCAUCUAGAUGUGUUUCUCUCUGGAGGGAAUGAGCUUUGUGUAUGGAAUAAAGAAUUUCAGCUACAGUGUAAGACGAACCAUUACAGAGACUCAGGCAUCACUGCAUUGGUGGAUUUGCCCAAAUGCUGUGUUGCUGCUGCCAUAGACAAAGAGAUUGUAAUCUUUAAGCUGAAUCUGUCUGAAGCCGAAACGUCGAUCUUGGCCGUUCGUCAUCUGACCGAUCACCAGGACACGAUCCGGAUGCUUAUCAGAGUCAACGAUGAUCUGUUUGCUAGUGGCUCUCACAUCGGAGAAGUCAUCCUCUGGGAUACCCUUGACUGGACUAUCCAGGCUUACGAGCGUAUUUUAUGGGAGGAACCGGAUCGAGAGAGUCAAUCAGAAAUCAAAAUGGGGCUGCAGAAACAGAGCGAAGCGUCCAUUCAGCACCUGCACUCAGAUGGAGAGCGAGUAGUUGCAGCAGUGGGCAGUGGUCUGUUUGUGUAUAACACAAGGAUGAAGACAGUGGUGGCGUAUAGGAAGUUUGCGCACGACUCUGAUGUUCUAUUCACCAAGCUGCUACACAAUGGACAGGUGAUGUCUUGUUCUGAAGAUGGCAGUGUCAGGAUCUGGGAGUUACAGGAGCUUCCCCUACCAGCAGAGCCUGCUUCCUCAGGCUUUUUUGGCUUGUUUAGCACCAUUGGAAGAUCCAGUAAACAGGGCAGUGUGCCAUCUAAGAAGCUUCUGGAAGUUUCUGGUCUGUGCUCGUUAGAGUUGGUUGGUGAUCUGAUUGGUCACUCUGGAGCUGUGCAGAUGUUUCUGAGUUUUGCCAAAAGGGGAGUGGUCACUUGCUCAGCUGAUCAUCUGCUCAUUGUGUGGAAAGAUGGAGAAAGAGAGUCACAUCUGCGCAGCCUCGCUCUGUUCCUGAAGAUGGAGGAGAAAGGCUGUCUCUGAAACUUCUCACUCUCACCUUACCUGACAAGGUGAGGAACGGGAUGCCAGGUUUUCCAAAAUGCAGCCUGUGAAGAACACUGGAGAUUUUUAGUGAAACAGAUAAAAUACUACUACUUUUGUUUUUAAUAAGCACGAGUGCUUAAGAGAGCUCAGCUCUCCAGUCGUUGCAUCUGUGAAUGCCUCUACUGUUUAAUAGGUGUUGUUAUUGUUGCCUUUUUAUUUCUUGCCUUUUACAUGACGACACCUGUGAUUGAACAAAAAGUAAGUUACUGUUACUGAGCAUGCUUCGAUUUUAAUCCAAAGUGACAGAUUCACUUUUAAACUGCUGUCGAUCAUUCAUAAGCAUUUUUGACGAAUCAUGUUGUGUGGAUUUUUAUUCGAUUUAUGAGUUGUAAGUGAAGACUUGCACGAAAUAUGAUUUAAAGUUUUAUUAAUCAACAAUAUUAACACCUAUUAAAGAAAGCCUAUUUUUCGGGGGAAUAGGCUCUGGAUCCACUAUAACUCUGACCAGAAUAAUCUUCAUAAUCUCCUUAGUAUUAUGAUUGAUGGCAAAGAUAGAUCACAUCAGGUGUUUUUUUUUUUAAUAUUAGGAGAAAGAGAUCAACCCCUCGCCUUCAACUAGAGCUUGUCCGAUCACAAAUUCAGCCAUAUGAGCACAGAACCUUCAGAGCAAGCAACCUAGAACAAACGUUCCGACUAGAGGGAAAAGGGCUGGACCCUAGGGUGAGUUUACUCGUGAUUUUAGCCAGUUGACCUUAACUAGCUGCCUAAAACACAAGCACUUUAUGAAGUGUAAUGACUUAAUCCCUGAUCGCUCAGUGUGCUGCUUUAUUUAGAGCAAGGUUUGAGUGUUAUCUCUGCCUGUAGCGCAAGUCUGAAGGCUGGUAGCUAUCUGAAAAUCUUUCACUGCAGUUUACGAUUACACGAUUGCUGACGUGAUUCACAGCAAGAAAUGCCAUGUUUUUCACAACGAACUCUAUGUUGAAGAUUUUUAUUUUCAUUUUUCCUUUUUAAAUGUUGCAUCCUUGAACUGUCUCAAAAAAAGAAGUGUUAUGGUGAUGGUUAUACUUCUUGUAAAAUGCUAUAGAGAAAAAAUGAAGUGAAAUAAAGCAUCCAUUAUUCUUAA